UUUUAAAUUGAAAAUUUAGGAAUGGAUAACAGCGAGUUAGAUGUUGAUUCAGUUAUCGACAGGCUUCUGGAGGUUAGAGGCGCCAAACCUGGUAUUCAAGUGCAGCUAACUGAGCAAGAGAUAAAAGCGCUGUGUAUCCAGUCUAGAGAUAUAUUUAUCAACCAGCCGAUUUUGUUGGAGCUCGAGGCACCAAUUAAAAUAUGAGGAGACACUCAUGGGCAAUAUUAUGACCUUCUCAGAUUGUUUGAGUAUGGAGGAUUUCCACCUGAAAGUAACUAUAUCUUCCUUGGAGAUUAUGUUGAUAGAGGAAAACAGUCUCUUGAGACUAUCUGUCUGCUCCUAGCUUACAAAAUUAAGUAUCCCGAGAAUUUUUUCCUUCUUCGAGGAAACCAUGAGAGUGCCUCUAUCAAUAGGAUUUAUGGAUUCUAUGAUGAGUGUAAGAGGAGGUAUAACAUUAAAUUGUGGAAGACCUUCACUGACUGCUUCAAUUGCCUCCCAGUUGCAGCGGUUAUUGAUGACAAAAUAUUUUGAAUGCAUGGAGGACUUUCUCCUGAACUAAGCAGUAUGGAGCAAAUCAGAAGGAUUAUGAGACCAACUGAUGUACCAGAUACAGGUUUACUAUGUGAUUUACUGUGGUCUGACCCUGAGAAAGAUGCAACAGGUUGGGAAGAGAAUGAUAGAGGAGUCAGUUUCGUCUUUGGAGCAGAUAUCGUAGGACUCUUUCUUAAGAAACAUGAUCUCGAUUUAGUUUGAAGAGCACAUCAAGUUGUAGAAGAUGGCUAUGAAUUCUUUGCCAAGAGACAGCUUGUAACUCUAUUCUCAGCUCCUAAUUACUGUGGAGAGUUUGAUAACUCUGGAGCUUUGAUGUCAGUUGAUGAAAGUCUAAUGUGCAGUUUCCAAAUUUUAAAACCAGCUGAGAAGAAGACAAAAUUCAACUAUGGAAAGAUGGGUGAAGGAAGACCAGUGACUCCUCCAAAGAGUAAAUUUUAA